CAAAGGCCUGAUAAGAAACCACCUAUUUACUCAUUUGAGUCAGGUGUGCCAGAACAGGGCAACACCUCAGAAUAGAGAUCAUUCUCUGUGCAGAAAGGCUUUGCAAUAGUUGCUUCUCAUCGUCCUUCAACUCAUCAACGAGAGAGUAUCAGUAACAGCGGAGCAGCUGAAAAGCCGCUGCUGAAGGAUCAGCCAUGCUUGGAGGCAUCCACACAGAUUUGUUGGUCACAGUUGCUCUACUCUUUUUAACUCAGACAGGGUUUGAGUGCAGAGCUGAAAAUGACUUUUCAGCAGUUACUUUACCGGAGCUGAGGGCAUCUUCAGAAUAUGUUGCACAAUGUCUCAACAGACAUGUGAAUCUGACUUGUGACUGGACCAAGAGCCAAGAAACUGGUCCAAAAGAUGUUAAGAUCGACAUUUUAGAGAGUCACUCUCUGGAAAUCAAGGGCAAGGCCUGUUUAGAGUUCUGGUACCUGGCCCCAGCUGCAUCUAAUGGGUCUGAACUCCGUGGAUUGCUAAAAAGCAGCAUCAGUCUAACAGAAAUAUGGACUUCUCCUGCUGUCUCCAGGGAUGGAUGGAGACAAGUGCUUGUGCCCCUAAAUAUCACUAAACCAGGCACUAAGGUUGUGUUUGAAGCUGUCCAGCCUGUGUCUGUAGACUCGACUACACUAAAGCAGAUAGCUGUAAAACAAGGUCCAUGUGGAAAGCAGUGUCAAUCUAACACGGAGUUGUGGACAGAUGACUCCACUCGCUGCAUCUGUUCUGGUGGCCAGCUCUUCUGCUUUCCCUCCGUGUGCCCUAAGGAUCAAAUUUGUGGUCCUCAAACUGGAAUCUCCAGUGGAAUUUCCACCAAAGGGAUGUGCACUAUACACAAUCACACAGACUGCAGCACCUUUGACGGAGUAGUGUUUCGCUUCAUGGCUUCCUGCACCUAUGUGCUGGCUAAGACUUGCUCACCUACUGAAACCCUGCCAAACUUCAGUGUGGAGGUUGUCAAUGAGCAGAGCAGCAACACAACUCUGCCUACUGUCCAGCAGAUUAUUGUGCGGUUGGCGAAGAUCAGGGUUUCACUGGUGAAAAGGCAGACAAACCAGGUCGUGGUUAAUGGAGUCUGGAAGAAGCUUCCACUCAGCCUCAGCAAUGGCACCAUCACUAUUAAGAGCAACCCUGCAGUUACUGUCCUGGAAACAAGUUCUGGUAUGUCUGUCUCAUAUGACAUUGCUGGGGCUGUCCAUGUCACCCUGCCAUCCAACCACUCUAAUAAAGUCUGUGGCAUGUGUGGCAACUUCAACCACCUUCGUGGGGAUGACUUCCUCAAGCCUGAUGGUACAAAAGCAGAAAAUACUACAGCUUUGGCUGAGAGCUGGCAGACUGGGGAAACCCCGUCCUCUUGUGAGACCAUUCUGGUCCCUUAUCAGUGUGACCUGUUGGCAGAGGCAGAGUAUGUCAGCGAGUUGUCCUGCGGAGGCCUCAUCUCUGGAACUGGGCCCUUUGCGGACUGCUUAUCAGUUUUAGAGGCAGAGAGCUACUUCAGGGCAUGCAUGGUUGGCAUGUGUUCCUCUCAUGGUGAUCAAGGAGUGCUUUGCGAGGCAUUCCAGGUCUAUGGAGGUAUCUGCCAAGAGGCUGGAGUAGCUGUACCCGUAUGGAGGAACUCAAGAUUGUGUCCCCUUCAGUGCGGUGAAUACAGCCACUUUAAUGCAUGUGCUGAUGGCUGUCCAAAGGUGUGCUCCAGUCUGGAUAUAACAAGAUCCUGUGGAAGCUGUGAGGAAAGAUGUGAAUGUGAUCCUGGCUUCAAACUCAGUGGGGAUAUGUGUGUCCCAGCAGAAGACUGUGGAUGCUGGUAUAAGGGAAAACACUAUGAGAAAGGAAACUCAUUCAUGGAGGGAGAUUGUGUGGAACAGUGCCAGUGUAUGGGGAAUAAUACCAUGCUAUGCACUGCAAUAAAAUGUGCAGACAAUGAGAUCUGUAAGGGAAAAGAUGGAGUUAAAGGCUGCUACCCUUUCAAACCUGCAACCUGCGGUGUCUAUGGUGAUCCACACUACAUCACCUUUGACAAGCUGGCCUAUGACUUCCAAGGGGGCUGUAGUUACACACUGACCACAACAUGUGGUGGUGAAAGCUCAGUCCAGUUCAGUGUUACUGGGUAUAACAUGCACCCUCCGCUUGAAAACUUCACCAGGUCCAAGCUCGAUGCUGUGGCUCUUCAGAUUUAUGAUCUGCACCUCACCUUGAAUCAGAGCGGAGAAGUCUAUGUGCAUGGUGGCCAUGUGAGUCUUCCCUAUUCAACCAAUGGUACAUAUGGCUUUGUGUGGGUCCACAUGAAAAAUGAGAACAUCAUUCUGGAGUCAACCUUUGGCUUAAAAAUAGUGAUGGAUGGGGAGAACAGACUUUUCCUGCAAGUGGAUGAGCGCUAUAAAUAUGAACUUUGUGGACUGUGUGGAACUUACUCUGGAUACCAGGAUGAUGACUUUCUAAUGCCAGGAGGCCAAUAUGCUGCUGAACCAUUUGAGUUUGGUGACAGUUGGAGAGUGCACAAUGACAAUGAGUGCGUUUCCCAUCCAAAUAAUCCCAGACUAUGCGAAAAUGAUAAGAAUGAAGCUAAUGAGGCAUGCUCAACAUUGCUCCAAGAUGCUUUUGGACCUUGCCAUGAACAUGUUCACCCAAGCAUCUACCUCAGUAGUUGUGUGUACGAUUACUGUGCAACCAGUGGUGACCAACACACACUCUGCGAAUCUCUGAAGUCUUAUGCAGCUGCAUGCCAGUUUGUAGGAGUUGAACUUGGUAACUGGCAGAUUGGCACAGCCUGUGCUAAUCUCCCAACCACUGCAACUCCAACAACUCCCGGACUUACCUCUCCAACUCCAGAUCAAAUUUCAUGCCCCAUGAACUGCGAUUUUGAUCAAAGUCUUUGUGGGUGGGAGCAGCUAAUUCAGGACAGUUUUGAUUGGACAAGGCAUUCUGGACCAACACCAUCAAAUUUAACUGGACCAAACCAAGACCACACCUCUGGAGACGGUUUCUACAUGCACCUUGAGGGAGACAAUGUAACCCACAGUGACUCUGCCCGCUUGAUGAGCUCAGUGUGUCAUUAUGGUGGCCCACUCUGCCUCAGCUUUUGGUAUCACUUGUACGGUUCAGCCAUAGGCAUGGCUCUCAAUGUUUACCUCCUAAAAGACAAUAAUGCUACUAAGCUCUGGUCAGUGAUGAACAAUCGGGGACCCAAAUGGCAUCUUGGAAAUGUUGAUCUCAGGGUUUCCAGUCCAUUCCAAAUCAUCAUAGAGGGGAUUCGAGGAUCCACUGCUCAGUCAGAUGUGGCCAUAGAUGAUAUUUCUAUUGAUUUUGGCUCAUGCUCAGAUGGUUCCCUACACCUGAUUUAUGGUACUGUGCUUCCUUACACAACUGCAGAAGUUCUCCCUUCACACCCAAUCUGCAAUCUGGACUGUAGCUUUGAUGGCAGCCUCUGCAGCUGGAAUCAAAUGGUCACUGAUGCUUUUGACUGGACAUGGCAUACUGGUUCUACCCCCACCAACAUGACUGGCCCUUCUGCUGACCAUACUGGUGGUGGCCAUUAUGUUUAUAUUGAAGCCGACAGUGUGACACAUGGCGACACAGCUCGGCUCAUCAGUUCUGAGUGUUUUGACACUGGUCCUCAGUGUUUACACUUCUGGUAUCAUAUGUAUGGCUCAGCAGAUACAAUGGGUCUCCAUGUUUACUUGCUCCAAAACAGAGUGACUGAUGCUAUCUGGUGGAAGAGGAAUGACCAAGGCAAUAUAUGGCAUCUGGCUCAGGUGGAUUUCCAAACAACUGGGGCUUUUCAGAUAAUCAUUGAAGGGCGUAGAGGAUCCAGUGAGCAGUCAGAUGUGGCCGUAGAUGAUAUAAAGUUUUAUCACGGACACUGCUCCUAUUAUAGUGGUGUUACAGCAGUACCUGUUAGACCUAACCUAAAUACCACAGCUCCCCCAAGUGUCCUUGUGCCUACUACUGCAACUCCCAAACCCCCUCUGGUCAAUGUUACUGCUCAUUCCCCUCUCACAAUGUUUCCCACAGCUGAAGCAGUAACUGAUUUAACUAAUAAGGACAAUGUUACUGAGCCUCCAGAGCUGCACUCAGAGUGCCAUCUAAACUGUGACUUUGAGAGAAAUAUUUGUCAAUGGAUUCAGCUGCUUACUGAUGUGUUUGACUGGAAAAGGCAUAGUGGCUCCACUCUCACUGAGAUUACCGCUCCCCCUUCUGAUCACACCACAGGAAGUGGACACUAUCUUUACAUUGAAGUCAAUAAGGCAUCUCUUGGAGACACGGCUCGUCUCAUCAGCCCAGAGUGUAGAGACUCUGGUCCACAAUGUCUGCAGUUGUGGUACUACAUGUAUGGCUCAGCUGGUACGAUGGCUCUCAAUAUAUACUUGCUUCAGGACAGAAAGACUGAUCUAGUGUGGAGAAAAAGUAAUGACCAGGGAAAUGUCUGGCACCUGGCUCAAGUGGAUUUGGUAUCAACAGGAAGGUUCCAGAUCAUUAUAGAAGGCCAAAGAGGUUCCCAUAAUCAGUCGAAUGUGGCCAUUGACGAUCUCUUUCUUUACCAUGGGUUCUGUGCAGAUCUGGCUAAACCAACACAAUCACCAUCAGUUUCAACAAAACCACAGCAACCACUGCCUACUAUGCUUUCAACAACUGAAACUAUGGCAGUAAAUUGUCACCUUCCAACAUCAGAAAGCUUUCAACCACAGCCUCAAACAACUGCUAGGCCACAGUCACCAAGCACAACUAAACCACAGCCCCCAUCUACCAGAACUGGACUGCAGCUGCUCACCACGGCUCUGCCCCCGGCAACCGCCGCGCCUCGGCCCCCGGCAACCGCCGAGCCCCGGCCCACCACGGCUCGACCCCCGGCAACUGCUGAUCCCACCACGGCAACCGCCGAGCCCACCACGGCCCGGCCUCCAGCGACCGCUGAGCCCACCACGGCUCGGCCCCCAGCGACCGCUGAGCCCCGCUCCCCAGCAACCGCCGAGCCCACCACAACUCGGCACACGUCAAAAGUGUCAACCGCGUCAACUACAGUGAAACCAUUCAUACAACCAGCAACCACAUCUGUAUCACCACCCUCUUGUGCAGGAAACAGUCAUUACACCACUUGCAUUUCUGCCUGCAGUCCGACCUGUACACAUCUGAAUGGUCCGCCACACUGUCGUGAUGACAGUUGUGUGCCAGGAUGUGUAUGUGAUGAUGGGUUUGUGAGGAAAGGGAGGGUUUGUGUGCCGAUACAAGAGUGUGGGUGUGUGGACAGGAACGGCACAAAAUUCCAAUUAAAUGAACUUUGGUACACUAACCACUGCAGUCAGAAAUGUGAAUGUGCGGAAGAUGAUGGCAUGGGGAAGAUUGACUGUGACAGUGAGAAGUGCGAUGAUGAUGCCAUCUGCCUUCAAAAUGAGAUGGGCUAUUAUUACUGCCAGUCAACAGACUUCAGUAAGUGCAUCAUCAAAGGAGACUCAAAGUACAAAACAUUUGAUGAAAUGACUCUUGACUUUAAGGGUCAACACUCAUAUGUGCUGGUUAGGACCAAACAUUUGCCCAGUAACCUUCCAGAUGUCUAUGUUGAGGUCAUCAAUACAUGCACUAUUGAAGAUGGCGAUAGUCAGCAUGACAGCAGAGAGGAAGAUCACAGUGACCAAGUCAGUGAUGAUGACGGCAGUGAUGAGCAACAAAAAAAUGGUUUACAAGAGAUCAAGAUCAAAGUUUACAAUCACACUGUGGAAUUCAAGAAUCAGAAGCUGAUCGUGGAUGGUAAUAGCACUAAAAAACCUGUGAAAGCAGUUGAAGGCCUUGACAUUCAGGAAGAUUCCUCUCACAUCCGUCUGAAGACGGACUUUGGUCUUUCAGUGGACUUCAAUGGAUUCUGCAAAACAGAGAUCAUUCUACCACACUUUUAUAAGAAAAAGGUAGAGGGUCUGUGUGGAAACUUUGACAGUCAAAAGGAGAAUGAGCUGGUGAAGCCGGAUGGUUCCAAGGCCAAGAGUGUUCAGGAGUUUGGUGACAGCUGGAGAGUAUAAACUAUUAGCUGUGAGGAUUAAAUUUGCACUUUACAGUAUGAUCUGAAUUUCUGGGCUUUCAUUGAAUCAUUACUCCCUUUCAGUUUAAAAAAAAUACAAUGCUAAGUCACUUGUCAUAUCUCAUAUUUUGUAAAUUAUCUGUGAAACAUUACUUCCCGUAAGUAUGCCCACAGGUCAUGAUAACCAGUUUUCUGUACUUCUGGUGUUUUGGGAUCUAGUUUGUCACAGGAAGACUUCUGCAAUGAACCCAUGUUUGUCAUACUGGAAAGUUUUCAUGUGCAUUUUGAAGUUGCUCAUCUCUUUACAACCCUUAAACUUAUAUCCAUGCAUGCUAUUUAUUCAAAGUUCAAAUUCUUACAGCUCUGAGUAACCUGCACAGCAGUGUCCACACUGAAACUAAAUGUAUUAUACUGGUUGUUUAAUUUAAAAAAAAAAAAAAAAAAAAAAAUCCUUCCAACAGAAUAUCAAAUUAUAUUGAAUGAUGGAAUGCAAAAUAAAAUGUGCAAUAUUA